AUGGAGCAAGCUGAAGCUGCCCAAUUCCUGGAGUCUUUGCUGGGAAAGACGUUACAUGUGACCGCUCCUGAUGGGCGGCUCUUUACGGGGACAUUUCGGUGUACCGACAAGGAUAGCAAUAUCAUUCUAUCGAGUACCUUUGAAUACAGAAUGCCAUCAAAGACUGUCGAGGCAGCAGCCAUUGGCAAGCUGAAGUCUACAGGACAGGCAAGCCGAAGUGACAUGACCUCGAGAUUCGUGGGACUCAUUGUAGUACCGGGAAAUCAGAUCACCAAGCUAGAGGUUGAGGAACGCAGAGAGUGGCCCAGUGGACAGUCUUUAUCACUCAGAGGGAAAUCAUGA